AUGACCAGCCUCUUCUCCAGCCGGGACAUCCAGGUGAAGAGCAUGGAGCAGACAGUGAAACAUGCUGAGAAGUACCUGGGUGAGAUCUGCUACCUGCUGGGCUCCUACACCAGGAAGACAGCUAAGCUCAGAGACAAGGCCGACCUGCUGGUGGCUCAGCUCUUCGACUUCUCCAGCACAGAGGGCCCAGAGCUCCAGAUCGGCCUGAAAAACCUGGCAGAAGAUUUAGCCAUGGUCCAGGACUACAGGCAUGCUCAGGUGGAGAGACUAGAGACAAGAGUUGUUGCUCCUCUGAAAGCCUAUGGAGACAUAGUGAAAAAUAAAAGGACUGAUCUGAAGAAGUUCAACACUGAUCUGAAAAGAGAACUGAAGGAGCUGCAGAAACUGGAGAAAGUCAGGCUGAGGAACCCAGCAGAUCGACAGAGCAUUUCCCAGGCUGAAGUAAAUGCUCAGAAGGCUUCAAACAAUGCUCAGCACAGCAUCAGACAAGUAGAGGCGACCAUCACAGACUUCCAGAGACAGAGACUGGAGGAUAUCAAAAAGAUUUUCACAGACUUCAUCACGGUGGAGAUGCUCUUCCAUGCUAAAGCACUGGAGGUCUAUACACACACCAACCAGAAUCUUGAGGCCAUGAAUGUUCAAAAGGAUCUAGAGCUGUUUAGUGGACGGCUCAUGAUGUCUGAUUCUCUGGCUGGGCACCUGGAUACCCCCCUGAGCAGCCACUCGUCUCCCCUCAUGAGCCGCUACCCAAGUCCUCCUGUAGCCUUCCCCAAAGGCCAAAGCCUCAGGCCAAUGCAGGCUCUUACUAUAGGCCUAAACAGCAGGCAACCACUCAUACAGUGUCCAGAAAAAGCCAGGAGGUCUCGUAGUACCUUACAACGUCAAAGAGGUAUGGAGGAAGCGGACCUUGAGGAGGAAGAGGAGGAUGAGGAAGAAGAAGACGAUGAAGAAGAGGAUGAUAUGUAUGAAUCAGAAAUUGAGGAGGCUCAGAAAACCAGCAGACAGUCUUAUGCUGCUCAAUAUGCCCAAAUGCACAAAUGGCAAAAGUAA